AUGUAUCAAGCAAGCAACGUCUAUUUCAUCUGCGGCUUCGCCGCCAUAGCCGGAUCUCUCUUUGGUUUUGACAUUUCGUCCAUGAGUGGUGUCCUCGGAACUCAGGCAUACACUCGAUAUUUCGACCACCCCCAGGCCCAAGGUUACACCCAAGGAGCCAUCACGGCCUCGAUGCCCGCCGGCAGUCUGGUUGGAUCACUCGCCAGCUCGUUCGUCGCCGACCGCUUCUCUCGCAAGAUCGCCCUCCAGGUCUCUUGCAUCCUGUGGAUCAUCGGCUCCACCAUCCAAUGCGCCUCUAUAGACCGCGGAAUGCUAUGUGCCGGACGUGUCGUUGGAGGCAUGUCCAUCGGUAUCGCAUCCAGCGUCGUGCCCAUCUACCAGAGUGAGAUUGCUCCCAGGGAGAUCCGCGGUCGUGUCGUCUCGCUGCAGCAGUGGGCCAUCACCUGGGGCAUCCUGAUCCAGUACUUCAUCCAGUAUGGUGCCUCGAAUGUCGGAGGUGGCCCCAACGAUCCCGACCAGCCGACAUCUGCCUUCCGAAUCCCGUGGGGCGUGCAGAUGGUCCCGGCAGUCAUUCUGUUCAUCGGCCUAUUCUUCUUCCCCUACAGCCCGCGUUGGCUCGCCUCGAAAGACCGCUGGGACGAGGCACUCGAGGUUCUGUCCCGUACACUCGGCAACGGUGAUCGCAACCACCCGAAGGUCCUCGCGCAGUACCAGGAGAUUGAGGAUGCCCUGCGGUUCGAGCGUGAAGAGACUAUCAGCAGUUUCAAGGCAUUGGUCGCCAAGGGCAUGUUCAAGCGUGUCUUCUUGGGCAUGAGUGUCCAGGCUUGGUCGCAGCUUUGCGGAAUGAACAUUAUGAUGUACUAUAUCGUCUAUAUUAUGCAGGGAGCUGGCAUAGGAUCUCCGCUCCUCACCGCGUCCAUCCAGUACAUUAUCAACGUGGUCAUGACCCUCCCAGCCAUCAUCUACCUCGACAAGUUCGGCCGCCGCCCAGCCCUGAUAAUCGGCUCCUUCCUGAUGAUGACGUGGCUGUUCAUCAGCGGCUCCCUGCAGCAGUACUACGGCCAGCCCAACACGGACGAGACCCGCACAGUCGAGAACGAGAACAUCACCUGGAUCAUCCUCAACAACCGGCCCGUCUCGAGCGCCGUCAUCUCGUGCUCGUACCUGUUCGUCGCCAGCUUCGCCACCACCUGGGGCCCCGUGUCCUGGACCUACCCGGCCGAGAUCUUCCCCAGCAAGAUCAGGGCAAAAGCUGUCAGCCUGACGACCGCGACAAACUGGUUCUUCAACAUGGUGCUCGCGUUUGCGGUCCCCCCGCUGCUGUGGAAUAUCUCCUACAACAUGUACUACAUCUUCGGCGCCUUCAACGCCGUCGCCUUCAUCCACAUGCUCCUGAUGGCGCCCGAGACAAAGGGCUUUACCCUCGAGGAGAUGGACGACGUCUUUAACUCGGGAAUCCCCGCCUGGAGGACCUCGGGUAAGCGCAGCCGUCUUGACCAGCUUGAGAAGGAGAUCCAGGAGGGCAAGCUCAAGGUCGGCGCGCCCCAUGUCCACGACGAUGACACCGUCGAGCAGACCGAGAAGGUCUAG